AUGCAGCGAAUACAGAAUGAGCUGAAAUGUCUCGCCUUCCCUGAUUCCCAGUUGGGCUCAGGCAACUUCUCAAUCAAUCACAGUGUGCGCAUUUCCUUCACAGCUGGUACCACAGCGGGUCGUCUUUUGGGCAUAGGACUUCGCGAAAUCUCAGCCUCAGACAUUGACGCUAAGUUUAAAGCCAAUGAAAACUCGAAUGUUUCUAUUCAGGACAGAGAAAGUAGCACAGUAGAUGAUAGCGAUGACUGCUCAAAGAGUAAAAAAUCUGUCGGACUUAACAAAGCAUAUGGCAAUGACAGUUUCUGCGAGGAACCGGUUUGCAAUAGUAUUUUGGUGCAUUUCACCCUAACCGGAUUCACCUCGCCAGGCCCUAGCAGUGAUUGGAUCGUCACAGCGGCACGGUUUACUGAAAUGCUGUUGUCCGAAGACAGGCCGUUGGCAGGACCAGGUUCCGUGGUGAUGCAUUGGCGCACUGAAUGGCACCGACAGGAGGUAAGUGUAUUUUUAGUGAGGAAGAAGAGAGCAGUAUAA